GGAAGAAAGACAGCGAGACGAGAGACGAGAAAGAGAAUGGCAUUUAGGGUUUUCUCCGUGGCGGCUAAAAGGGCUUCGAGGCAUGAGUCGUCCUUAAUGCUCUACGGAUCUCCACGCUUGCCGUGCAACCGAACCUCCUCUUCUAAUGCCCUGCUCAGUAGCUUGACUUCUCCACGAAUCUCAGGAGGAGUCAGACUUAUACACUACCGCUCAAUCAGACGGGAAUGUAAGGCUAUUUUGGAAAAUUUCCGCGAUCAAUCCCAGGAGAUACGCUGGAAAGUGAAGGAAGCGACUACUAGCACUGCUAAGAUGAAGAAUUUUGUCAAAACUCGAGGUUUGGAAAAAACAAUUUAUGGGGAUCACUUGGAAGAACUCUCUAAAGAAUGUGACAAAGCUCGUUGCAGCUUGCGUGGCUUAUGGGGUAUCCUUCGUCAUGAGUCUUUCAAAUAUAGUAUAAUCAGAAAGAAAUGUUUUCAUGAGUGCUUACAUUUUGGUGCCAAGGUGAUGAGAGAGAUACCCGCGUAUGUGCUUUUGCUUAGCUUGUUCUAUACGACUGGACAUCUCCUGAAGGAAGCUGAGGCUUACAUGGGAGCUGAGCGGUAUAUUGUUAGGAAAACCCCCUCUGAGCCUAUUUGACUUAGAGAAGCUGUAAUGUCAGAUAUUAAGAUAUUAUGGCCUUUGUUUCUUAAUAAAACUAGUAGCGUACCGGUGGUUCCGUGGUAUGUAAUUUUAUGUUUAUAGCAGUCCUGUUCGUGAGGACAUUGAAGACUGUUUAAUGUAUUGUACAUGUGGUAUCUUUCUGGGUGGUCU